AUGAGUCAUACCUAUUCGUAUGGCAAAGAUAAACAUCAACCUGAACAACAAGUAGCAAACCAACCUCAUGGUCAUCCUCCACCACCACCUUUAGCUGCUGAUAAUAAUAGGGACAGAGAAUGGGAUAGGGAUAGAGAUAGAGAUAGAGAUUAUAGACAAGCUGCUGCAGCUGCACCUCCUCCAAAUGACUAUGCCUAUCAUAAUCAUAGUCAUAAUCAUCAGCAUCAUAAUCAACAAUCACCACCACCACCACCAUAUAAUCAUCAUUAUAACAACCAUCAAUAUGAUCAUCAAUAUCAACGUUGGGGUGAUCACUAUAAUCAACAACAUCAUAGCUACUAUUCACAACAUCCACCAACAACUACAACAACAACAACAACAACAACAACUAAUACACCACCUGCGGCAACUGCGGCACCUACAUCUACAACACCUCCAAUUCCAACACUAACAUCAACAACAGUACAACAACAACAACAACCACCUCCACAACAAACACCAGGUCCUGAUUCUACUACAAAUACACCAUUGAAUACUAAACCAUCGCCACCACCAUCUUUAACAUCUACGACACAUUAUCCACCAGCAGAAUCACAACAACAUAGCAAUCCUCAUGAAAGAGGUUACUCUGAGCACCACGAUCAUUAUAAUCAACAACCAAGGGAUCCAUAUUAUAGAGAUUACCCGACGCAACAAUCAACACACUACCAACAACAACAAUACAGAGACUAUGAUCGAGAAGCAUAUUAUCAACAACAAUCAUACAGAGACUAUUACGAUAGACAGAGAGAAUACGACGAUUAUUAUAAUAGACAAAGAUAUAAUGAUCCCUAUUAUAACGACCAUAGAUAUGGUCAACAACAACAACAACAACCACAACAACAACAACCACCACCUGAAUCAACAUCAUCUACACACCCUCAAAAUCCACCACUAGAAACUAAACCACCUGAAACAAGACCAACUGAACCACGACAACCUGAGACAAAACCACCCGAAUCAAACCCGCCUGAAUCUAGACCACCUGAAAAUCAUUAUAAUCAACAACAACCUCCUCCUCCUCCUCCUCAUCAACAUCAUCAUCAUCCUGCAGAUAAUCGUGCAUAUGCAUAUCCACCAACUCAACAACAACAACCACAAUAUCAUGAUAAUCGUGCUUAUGACAGCUAUUACAACUAUUAUUAUCAACAACAACAUCAUCAUUAUCCACCACAUUACGAAACAAAUCGAAGAUAUGAUUAUUAUCAACAGUACCCACCAUAUCAUAACCACCACCACCAAUAUCCACCACCACCACAACAACAACAACAACAACAUGAAAGACCAAUCGACUAUUAUAAUCAACCACCAGCAGAUCCUUACUAUGAUAGCAGACAACAACCUUACCAUCAAGAUAACAGAAGGAGUCAGUACCGACCUGAAACUACACCAUUGGAAGAUAACAGAAGGAGUUACUAUCGACCCGAAACUGCACCUUUUGAAGACAACAGAAGGAGUCACUAUCGAACUGAAACUGCACCUUUUGAAGACAACAGAAAGAGUCAAUAUAGACAUGAGAUAUCUGACAAUCGAAAAAGCUAUCAUAGACCAGAGAUUAAUGAUAGCGGCAGCAGCAGCAUUACUACAACAACUGACAAUCGUAGAAGUCAUCACAGACCAGGGUAUGCAAAUGGUAGUUCGCAUAUGAAUGGUGACAAUCGAAAGAGUUAUCAUCGACAAGAGCCAACUACUACAACUGAAAUAAUACCCAAUGGUAUUAGCGAUAACAGAAAGAGUCAUCAAAGAUCAGAUAGUAAUAGAAAGAGUUAUCAUAGACCAGAGCUGAGUAGUACAACAACCUCUACUUUGACCACUCGUGUAAAUGGUAGUAGUGGUGGUAGUGACAACAGAAAGAGUCAUCAUCGACCUGACAAUAAUAAUAGAAAGAGUUAUCAAAGACCAGAGUUGAGUAGUAGUGUUGGUGACAAUAGAAAAUCAGUGAAACGAGAGGAUCAUAUUGGAACUUUGACAAGCAGCAACAGCAACAUCAGCAUCAACAACAACAACAGAAAGAGUGUUAAACGUGAAGAGGAUGACAUCACCUUACUGACGCGUGAAAUCAUGGGUAGCUCUCGAAAGUCUUUAUCACGACCGACCAGCAGCAUUCCAAGCAAUCGACAAAGUGUGAAGCGUGAGCGAGAAGACGGUGAGCUAUCGGAUGACAGAAAGUCUAGACCCAGAGAAAACGGAUAUCAUAUGAGAAGAACCUCUGCCACUCUAAGUACAGAGCCAACAAACGAUUCAACAACCAACACCACCGACGACAUAUCUGAUAUUUAUAGACAACAAAUUGGAAUUCCUAGUAGACAAUAUAGGUAA